UGGUCCGAAAUGUGCUUAAAUAGAGAUAGAGUGAAGUAUGAAUCCUUCAGAGACAGAACAAAGCGAGAAGGGUUUCGUCGUCGAGUGAAACCCAAGAAGCCAAUCAAUUCCAAGCUUAAAAAAACAUCAUCUGUGAAAUCUUACCUUUCGGUGAUCUCUGGUACCAGUUUGUUGAAAACCACUUCCGCGUUGCAUUCGUACCGCCAGGUUCGGUUCGUGUUAUGUGUGCAGUGUUACGCACGGACAGAACCUUGAACAUGACAUGGUUGCAACGCAAGUUUAAGCCACGCUAAAAGUUGUCCAGAGAGCGUGCUUACCUUUCGUCUCUUGGUAGGGCUGGAUCAAACGUUUCGCGAUAUCUUUUUAUUUUUCUGUUACCGUCGCACGCAAGGGAAGGUGUUAGAUAGUACCCCAUUCUUAAAGUUACCUCAUACGAUACGGGUGUAGUCGGUUAGAAUAGCCUGCCCCCGUACUGCGGAACAGAACAUGACAUCGUGCCGAGGGCGUAAGGCGUGUGGCCUCCUUUUUGAAAUUAUGUAUUGCCGUCGGUCCCCGUUGGCCUGCACAGGUGCUCCGUUGGCCCAUGGCUUUCCAGCGCGACCAUUUCCGACCACUUAUGCUAGGCGCAGGUGGAGUAAUGAGUGUGGACGGGAUCUGUUGCUCUUGCCAGCACUUUGCGAAUCGUUGAACUGGUUCGCAAGAUUUACCAUGACGAACGGAAGGUAAGCUAAGCGAACACACGCUGCUCGGGCACAUUGGUCCCUGGAGAACCGGUCUCAGGCGGUGCAGUGACGUUCCCCAGAAACGAUCGCUAUGGGCGCGCGCGCACGGGCUCGUAAUCUGACCACUGCAAUGCACUGACCGCAACAGAGGAGCAGUUACCGUGCGGCCAUAAAUAAAAUCAAUGCCAAUGUCUUUCCCCAUUCGGAUCCGCACGUUCGUGACGUUUGUGUGGGUGCUGUUUGAUUCCCUUUUUUUCGCCUCGUAAAACAAAGAAUUAAAGCUGAACGAUCGCAAACGAGCGGAAAACUCGGUCCAAAGUACAGCGGCUGCCGUUGUGGAUAGUUUUUUUUUAAUAGAAAUUAAUUUACGUUUUCACUCUAGCUGCACCGUUGCACGUUUGCGACAUUGCUCCACCCUGGUGGCAGUGCUGGGGCGAGGCCAUCAGGAAAUCGGAAGAAAGCCAUAAAUACCGGCGACAGCGACCGGUAACGACAAGCAACGCAGAAGUUUCUAAUAAAGUGCAUGAGCUGUUAAUUACAGGCUAUAACGACAAAUCUAAUCACCACGGUGGAUUGUACCUUUCAACUCUUGGUUCUUGGUGCAUACUGGUUCAGUUCGGGUCUCGGUGUUGCCUUUCUGAACUGGAUGUUGUUCUUGGCUUGGAUUUCGCUGUCGGAUGUUUGGACAUUGGACGGAGACUGUCCGAGCGUUUCCGUUGCUACCGUUACAGUAUCGCGCCAUAAUGUGGAUUAUCUCGAUGGGCUUUCAAGCUGUUGGAUAUCCAGCGAAGGUUGUAUAGUUUUAUAUCUCAAUUAUAGAUACCACCGUUCGAAUUAUCUGUCCAGUGAUGGUUUACGACGAGGGCUAUAAAACUGUUCGCAUGUCACCUCGCAACGGUUGCGAAAUCACAUUCGUUCGAUACGUAGCUAACAAAUGCACUGAAAAUGGUGGACCGAUUAUGAAAACGGUCGUAACCGACUAUUUUGUUUGUAUGCCCCGUUCAGUUCGUUUCUGGCAAUCACAGGUGUGUUUUGAUGAUUCAUAAAUGUCCUCCCGCUCCAUCGUAUUAAUCAUGUUACAAAAUUAGUCAAACGAGUAAAUCAAAUUACUCAAUGCAUUAUCAAGUUACAAGAUCGAAUCUGCAAAUUAUCUGAUAGUGUGUGUGUGUCCCUCGUGUACUAUGGCCCCUUUGAUCGAUACAGAACCCGCACACUUGUUGACAGGGCAGCAACGGGGCAGAUUGAUCGUGUCGUACGAUUAAACUUCCCACAGCAUGCUUUGAUAGUGUUGGACGUAAUCUGUCAACCGUUUGUCAGCGGUGACGCUGGCUGCACUACACACGGAGACGUGAUUGUAUCGGGCUUGUGGUCCGUGCUUGCUCGCAAGGUUUUUCGGUGGCGAUAAUCUAAGAACACAUUUCACUCAACGUGCCCGCACACCAGUGUUUGAUUCAAUUUCACGCUUGAAGCGUCGCUAAGCCUGCAACAGACCCAGGGGGUUGAGGUAAGAUACCGGGCCGGCAAUACUAUUUCUUCGUUCCGUUGCCAUUUCAACAAAUUAGUAAGCCCCGGCUCCGCAGGCACCACACACCUACAUACCUUGCUGAACGGUUGGAGGUGUCUGUGUGUUUGCCAAACAUUACAACUUAUUUAUAACGCUCAUUAUGUCACUUAGGUGGAGUGAAAUAUUUGACCCGCCUUGAAUGAUUGCGCUAAUCGGUAAAUAUUUAUGGUUCUUUACAAAACGGGUGCCCACUGCACACCGGUUGCUAUAUUCCGGAACACCGUUAAAGCCGUUGAGCUGGGCAUUUAAAUCCGCAACGCAAUGGUGUUGCUUGGUGCAGGAGAAUGCAACGGGUCCGUUUGAUUGGCGGAGGAAGGAGAUGGAAAGGGAAAAGGGAGCGAAAAAAGGUAGCGCCUGCGUUUGAAAUUGUUCCAAUAAUAACGGCUCUUUUUAUCCCCUGCCUAAGACAGUGAGGCACGAGGGCUCGCGCAUAGCUGGUAGGGCUCGAGCGCGUGAUUGAAUGUACGGCAGCGGUAUGCAAAUCCUGGCUGCCGUGCAUUAUCAUAUUAGUGGUUGUAUAAUGCGAACGCCUAAUUGAUAUUUGAGCACAAGUGGAGCCCCCUAUCUGUCCCGGCUGAUGAAAGGGAGAGUGCUUUAAGAUGGCGUCAGUAGCUAGAACGAUACAACUAUAAAUUUAGAAAAAAGAGGGAAUGAUCGAGUGAAGGGGUUUUGUAGUACGAAAUGGUUGGUCUUUUUUGUAAAGAACGCUAGAAAGAACAGGAAAGAAAGGAGCUUUAUAGUUGCAAGGUUGUUGGAAUUAUUACACAACUAUUUACCUUUGCUGCGUCAACUCGCUGGCAUCAAUUAAUCUUCCCUUUUUUUGUCCCAAUUAAUGAGCUGCUUGCGACUUGUUUACGAGCUUGAGUUUGUACAAUGGGCUCACAUCACAUAAAUUCUGCUCCAUAUUUACCACCACCAGUACAAAGAAAUGUUGCAUGCUGCUUAGAGGUGACAAUAAUCGUUAUCCAUUAACGAUUCCCAUUGAACUUAGCGUUGGGUAUUACGCUGGGUACUCCACAGGUUCCCCGAGUCGCACAAUUAGAAAUCAUUUAUCAUUGCAUCAUUGCAACUAUGCGCAGAAACAUGAUUUCUGCAUCAGGAUAUGAUAGGCCUCCCUCCCUCACCUCGCUUCAAGCUGGCCCUUUUUCUUGUAGGUGACGUAAUAUCGGCAGUAUGCACCGCGCCGGGGCUAUGACGCAGAAAAAGAAGGCUUUAGCACCACCGCCAGGCUUUGUGGAGAAAUGUUUUUCAGUUCAACUCCCUCCCUCCAGGGCAAUAUCUCACUCCACGCUGCGGGGGUGUCCGGUGUGUUUGCUCGACACUGCAAGCCGGCGUUUAAAUGUCACACAGGAAUCUAAAUAAAGCUCAGGCCCCGAUUGGCCCCCGCGAUGUGGAGCGUUUGAUAAAGGCUAGGGCGAAUAAAUUGAGGUCGAACCAAUUCGUUAAAUAAUUAAAAUGUCACAAAGCCAGCGUUUCGACCUGCAAUGGCGUCGUUAACAACUCCCGAGCAAGAACUGCACCUUUGGCGCAUUGUUGCUGGGAAUGGAACUCUUUUGAUGCCAACGGAACAAUUGGCGCUGGUAACGCUGCAAGGAUUUAGUAUUGUUGAACGCUACAGAGAAGAACGACGGAAGAGAAUUAUGUUCCUUGCAUAUUGAAGCGUUUAUCUUUCCAGAAUGAAUAACGAAGAGUUGGUGCUCAGCAAUGAGUCCGGAUUUCAAGGAGAUUGGAAAACCAUCUACCACCGGGACGCGCUGCUCUGGGCAUCGCACGAAUACGACACCGACUCCAUCAUGAAGCCGCUGGCGCAGAUGGUCAUUGGUCUCGCAAACCAAUUCCAUCUCUCACCAACGAUAGAGUUCACCACGAUCGAUACGUUGGAGCUGCUGCUGGUACGCGCCUUCCAGAGCUGGAUGCAAUCGCCCGUCACUUUCCCGGACACGGUCGAGCAGCAGAAAGACGCCUUUCUGCGGCAACUUCCGAUGUACGUGGUGGCAGUGUUUGACAUCGUCGCCAAGUACAGCAACCUCGGAUCAAAGCUGGACCUGGCGGCUAUGAAGCGAGCAGCCAAGGUGAGCGUUGCCAUCGAUACGAACAUGCUUACGGUGGAGUUCGAAGUUAUAAAGAUUUUGGACAGCGAGCUACGAUCGUCACUGUUGCUGGGUGCAUUCGAACGGUUCUCCAAGCAGUACCUGCUGCCGCUAAACAUUGAAAGCAAGGAAACGAUUGCGAGUAUUGGAGUUAGGCUGCUCCGGGUGGCCGUCGCUGAAAGAGCGCUCAUCUAUGACAGCCUGAAGACAUCCAUGAAGGAUAUGGAGUGUUUUCGCCGCUUCAAGUCCAACAAACUGAUACUGGCGGGCGCUAUCAUCCUCACCGUGCUGUACGUAAUACCAGCGGCGCGGCACAGCAGCGUGCUGCUCAACCAAGUCGCCGUACCGCUCGCUGACGACUGCUGCGUACAGUCCACGAAUCUGAUCUACCUGCGCGAUGCAAUAUUGCGUGUCAUUGGUGGCCACUGAGCAAAACCAUCGAGCAGCAAAGAGCCAUUCGCCCGGGAAGCCUUUUUCUCCGGAGUCGUUGGCCGCCGUACCGAUCGUGCCGCCGGCGCAGUUGGUUCGCAUUCGAUGUAAAUUAAAUCAGAUCAGACGAUGUAAAUAUUCAUAA